GAGCGGUUUUUAUUGGAUUUUGCUGCCAUCUUCACAACGUCUAUACUCUUUGAGAACUCCGCAAAAACCUUUGUUAUUUCCAUUGAACACUACAAACAAACCUCCAUUUUUUCCAUAGCUUUCCUCUUCACAUUCCCAAUUUGAUCUUCAUCCCCGUCAUGGCCUCUUCUUUCGCUCUCCCUUCCACUAUUUCUCUCAAGAAAUUCCCUCUCAAUGCAUCCUCCUCUUUCAGAAAUGGAUUCCGCACUGCAUCCAUUUCUCGAUCUAGGGUUCUCAUGAGCGCUUCUGUUGGAUCCCAGACUUUAGUUGAUGAUUCCCUGUUCUUGGAUUACAAACCCACUUCGGCUUUUUUGUUUCCUGGUCAGGGUGCACAAGCUGUGGGCAUGGGAAAGGAAUCUCAUAGUGUUCCUGCUGCAGCUGACUUGUUCAACAGAGCAAAUGAUAUCUUAGGGUUUGAUCUUCUUGAUGUCUGCACAAAUGGGCCAAAGGAGAAACUAGAUUCAACUGUUAUAAGUCAGCCAGCUAUCUACGUCACUAGUCUAGCUGCAGUUGAGCUACUUCGUGCACGUGAUGGAGGCCAACAAAUAAUCGACUCUGUUGAUGUCACUUGUGGUCUAAGCUUGGGGGAGUAUACUGCAUUAGCAUUUGCAGGGGCUUUCAGUUUUGAGGAUGGACUCAGGCUGGUCAAACUGAGGGGCGAGGCAAUGCAGGCAGCUGCUGAUGGUGCUAAAAGUGCCAUGGUCAGUAUCAUAGGGUUAGAUUCAGAGAAGGUUCAACAGCUGUGUGAUGCAGCUAAUCAAGAAGUCGAUGAAGCCAAUAAAGUUCAGAUAGCAAAUUUCUUAUGUCCUGGCAAUUAUGCCGUAUCAGGAGGUCUUAAAGGAAUAGAAGCAGUGGAAGCCAAGGCAAAGUCAUUCAAAGCUCGAAUGACGGUACGUCUAGCUGUAGCAGGUGCAUUCCAUACUAGUUUCAUGGAACCUGCUGUUUCAAGAUUAGAAGCUGCACUUGCAGCAACAGAGAUUAGAACUCCCAGAAUACCAGUCAUCUCCAAUGUUGACGCACAGCCACAUGCAGAUCCUAGCACAAUCAAGAAAAUUUUGGCACGCCAGGUGACUUCUCCUGUUCAAUGGGAAACAACAGUAAAAACUCUACUCUCCAAGGGGCUGAAGAAGAGUUAUGAAUUGGGCCCCGGAAAGGUUAUAGCUGGGAUUGUCAAGAGAGUGGACAAAAGUGCAGAAAUUGAGAAUAUUGCAGCUUAAUCAAGUGUAGAUUGAAGCAAACAGCUCACUGAUGGUUGCAGAGUUCUUUCCCUAUCUGCUCUGGCUAUCUCCCUAUCCAUCAUUGCCAAAAGCAUCUAACAUAAAUUAGUGCAAUGCUCAUUGUUUAGCCCCCUUUUCCUCCGAAUGUUACAAUUAGUUCUAGAGCUGCAAGUUUCUAAACAAAUGCACGAUAAUCUUUAUUAGUUACUAGGAUAAUUCAUCAUAGUUGGAAGCUUUCCAUGAGAAAUAAUGUGCAAAAUGAGUGUAUUUGGUUUGGUUUUCAAUUUUGAUUUGUUUGAGAUUGUUUCGAUUAGUUCAGUUUGUAUUCUCAUCGGACUUGUUUUUAUGAAACAAUUAAACUAAAUCCUCUCGAACAUGCCUUCAAUGAUCA